GUCAGCUGGCCAAUCAGGCCAUGGAGAUUCGGUUCUUUAUAUUACCGCGCCCGUUGUUUAUUCACAUCUCAGUUCACAUUUUGAACGGUGAUGCUACUUUAUAAAGAGAUCGUCACAAAAACCUUGCAUGCAAUAAGAUUUUUGCAUUGUGAUGUUUUGCAAAGAGCAACCCACUUCGGUUCUUCGGUUGAUUUUCUUAUUGGAUUAAAAAGAAGGAGAAGAAGAAGAGACGAGGUUCAAAAUUGUUGAGGGCUGAGAGGUUCAACAAUGGACAUGGGGGAUAUUUACAGAGCGGGAAGUAGUUUACGUGGAGGAGGAAGUAAUUCGUUCUGGAGAAACGGCAACACCCUGGACGUGUUUUCGAGGUCUUCAAGGGGAGAAGAUGAUGAAGAGGCCUUAAAGUGGGCUGCACUAGAGAAAUUGCCAACUUUUGAUCGUUUGAGAAAAGGCAUACUGACAACUCCAGGAGUUGGUCCUAGUGAAGUCGAUAUUCACAAUCUUGGAUUUCGUGAAAAGCAGCAGUUGAUUGAAAGGUUGGUGAAAGUUGCUGAAACUGAUAACGAGAAGUUCCUCCUGAAGCUUAAGGACCGCAUCGAUAGAGUUGGAAUUGAGCUUCCGAAAAUUGAGGUUCGAUUUGAGCAUGUGAACGUGGAGGGAGAAACAUAUGUGGGAAGUAGAGCUUUGCCUUCAUUCAUUAACUUCUUUUACAACGUAAUUGAGGAUUUCUUGACUUCAGCAAAUAUUCUUAAAAGCAGAAAGAAACAUUUGCAAAUUCUUAAGGAUGUCAGUGGAAUUAUUAGGCCAGGAAGAAUGACAUUGCUUUUGGGCCCUCCAGCCUCCGGAAAGACAACCCUACUGUUAGCUUUGGCUGGGAAGCUUGAUUCCAGUCUACAGAGUUCUGGUAGAGUGACAUAUAAUGGGCACGAGAUGGAUGAGUUUGUCCCCCAGAGAACUGCUGCUUAUAUUGGUCAACAUGAUGUGCAUAUCGGAGAAAUGACUGUGAGGGAAACCUUGGCCUUCUCUGCAAGAUUCCAGGGGGUCGGAACCCGUUACGAUAUGUUGUCCGAGUUGUCCAGAAGAGAAAAAGCAGCAAAUAUUAAGCCUGACCCUGAUAUUGAUGUCUUCAUGAAGGCUGCAGUAACUCCUGGCGAAGAAGCUAGUGUGGUUACUGAUUAUAUUCUAAAGAUUUUAGGACUGGAAGUCUGUGCUGAUACCUUGGUGGGUGAUGAAAUGGUUAGAGGCAUCUCAGGAGGACAAAAGAAACGGGUUACAACUGGUGAAAUGCUUGUCGGACCAGCUAAUGCUCUGUUCAUGGAUGAGAUAUCUACUGGUUUGGACAGUUCAACAACUUUCCAAAUUGUGAAUUGUAUAAGGCAAAUCAUUCACAUCAUUGAUGGAACAGCUUUGAUCUCUCUCCUCCAGCCAGCACCAGAGACAUAUGAUCUCUUCGAUGACAUUAUCGUUCUAUCUGAAGGUCAAAUUGUCUACCAGGGUCCUCGUGAACAUGUUCUGGAGUUUUUCGAAUCCAUAGGGUUCAAAUGUCCAGAAAGGAAAGGCGUAGCUGACUUCUUACAAGAAGUAUGUGCUAACGGGGGUCUUUUUAAGUGUUUGUUUCCUUUAUUUAUAUACAACUGGACAUGUAAAGUGUCAUAUUGGAUCUUCAUUAAUAUUAAAGGAUUUCAGGUGACAUCAAGGAAAGAUCAGCAGCAGUAUUGGACAAGUAAAGAUGAGCCUUACAGGUUUAUAACAGUAAAGGAAUUCUCUGAUGCAUUUCAAUCAUUCCAUGUGGGUCGGAAACUUGGUGAUGACCUUGGAACUCCAUUUGAUAAGAGGAAGAGCCACCCUGCAGCUUUGACUACCAAAGCAUAUGGUGUCAACAAGAUGGAAUUGUUUAAAGCUUGCUUCUCUAGAGAAUUUUUGCUGAUGAAGAGGAACUCAUUUGUUUACUACUUCAAGCUUGGUCAACUUUCGGUAAUGGCAUGUGUUGCUAUGACAUUGUUCUUCCGAACCAAGAUGCACAGAGAUACAGAUGUAGAUGGAAUAAUUUACACUGGUGCCCUUUUCUUCGCGGCUAUGAUGAUUAUGUUUAAUGGAAUGUCAGAGAUUUCCAUGACUAUAGUAAAGCUUCCUGUUUUUUACAAGCAAAGAGAUCUCCGAUUCUAUCCUUCAUGGGCGUAUGCACUUCCAACAUGGAUUCUCAAGAUACCAGUCGCAUUUGUAGAGGCGGCUGUUUGGGCAUUCAUAACCUAUUAUGUAAUAGGAUUUGAACCCAAUGUUGGAAGGUUUGCAAAGCAAUUCAUCUUGCUUGUAUUUCUAAACCAAAUGGCUUCUGGAUUGUUCCGACUCAUUGCAGCAGCAGGCAGGACCAUGGUCAUUGCUAAUACAUACGGUUCAUAUUCAUUGCUGUUGCUUGUUGCAUUGGGUGGCUUCAUUAUUUCACGAAAGGAUGUUAAGGACUGGUGGAUAUGGGCUUAUUGGUGUUCGCCUUUGAUGUAUGCGCAAAACGCACUGGUCGUGAAUGAGUUUCUUGGACAUGGCUGGAAAAAGAUUGUGCCAACAUAUUCAACGGAGCCACUUGGAGUUGCAGUUAUGAAGUCUCGAGGGUUCUUCCCAUAUUCAUAUUGGUAUUGGAUAGGAGCAGGGGCUUUGCUUGGUUUUACGCUGCUGUUCAAUUUCGGCUACACUUUGGCUCUCACUUUUCUCAACCCAUUCGGUAAGCCUCAGGCUGUUUUGCCAGUGGAAUCUGAAAGUAAUGAACAUGAUAACAGAAGUGGAGGAGCCAUUCAGUUAACGACCAAUGCAAGUAGCUUUAGUCAUAGCCCUCACUCAGAGACAACUGAACAGUCAGAUCAUCAGAAGAAAAAAGGAAUGGUUCUUCCAUUUCAACCGCAUUCCAUAACAUUUGAUGAAAUCUCAUACUCGGUUGACAUGCCGAAGGAAAUGACAUUUCAAGGGCUUGUAGAAGACAAAUUACUGCUUCUGAAUGGUUUGAGUGGUGCUUUCAGACCUGGUGUUCUAACAGCUUUGAUGGGUGUUAGUGGUGCUGGUAAAACCACUCUGAUGGAUGUAUUGGCUGGUAGGAAAACUGGCGGAUACAUUGAGGGGACAAUCACAAUUUCUGGGUACCCAAAGAAGCAAGAGACAUUUGCUCGUAUUUCAGGAUACUGUGAGCAAAAUGAUAUCCACUCUCCUUAUGUAACAGUUCAUGAAUCUUUGGUCUACUCAGCCUGGCUCCGAUUGCCCCCUGAAGUCGACUCCGAAACUAGAAAGAUGUUCAUUGAGGAAGUCAUGGAGCUUGUGGAAUUAAAUACAUUGAGACAAGGACUAGUUGGUUUGCCUGGUAUCAACGGUCUGUCAACUGAGCAGCGCAAGAGGCUUACCAUAGCAGUUGAGCUUGUGGCAAACCCUUCAAUCAUAUUUAUGGAUGAACCAACUUCAGGUCUAGACGCACGAGCUGCUGCCAUUGUUAUGAGAACAGUCAGGAACACAGUGGACACAGGAAGAACGGUGGUGUGCACCAUUCAUCAGCCAAGCAUUGACAUAUUCGAAGCCUUUGAUGAGCUAUUUCUACUGAAGCGGGGAGGACAAGCCAUAUAUGCUGGGCCGUUGGGUCGCCACUCUAGUCUUCUUAUAAAGUAUUUCGAGGGAAUUCAAGGAGUUCCUAAGAUUAAAGAUGGUCACAAUCCAGCUGCUUGGAUGCUAGAAGUCACCACUGAAUCACAAGAAAUAGCUUUGGGGGUUGAUUUUGCUGAAAUUUUCAAAAUCUCAGAACUAUAUCAGAGAAACAAAUCACUCAUUAGGGAUUUAAGCAGGCCUGCUCCAGGUUCAAAGGACCUGUAUUUCCCUACUCGAUACUCCCAAUCUUUUUUCACCCAAUGUUUGGCUUGCUUAUGGAAACAACGUUGGUCAUACUGGCGGAACACAUCUUACACUGCCGUCCGAUUUCUAUUCACUUUCUUCAUAGCUUUGACAUUUGGGACAAUGUUUUGGGACAUGGGCACCAAAACGAGCAAACGACAAGAUCUGUUUAAUGCAAUGGGUUCCAUCUAUGCGGCUGUUCUCUUCCUUGGUGUACAAAAUGCCACAGCUGUGCAGCCAAUAGUGUCUGUUGAAAGGACAGUAUUUUACAGAGAAAAAGCAGCUGGAAUGUAUUCGGCAAUGUCUUAUGCCUUUGCACAAGUUGUGGUUGAGAUUCCUUAUAUAUUUGCUCAGUGUGUAGUCUAUGGCAUUAUAGUCUAUGCAAUGAUCCAAUUUGACUGGGAUGCAGGCAAAUUCUUUUGGUAUUUUUUCCACAUGUUCCUUUGUUUAAUGUACUUCACCUUCUAUGGCAUGAUGGCUGUCGCCAUGACACCAAACCAGCACAUCGCUGCUGUGGUCGCCUUCUCCCUUUACUCAAUAUGGAGCCUCUUUUCCGGAUUUAUCGUGCCAAGAACUAGAAUUCCAGUAUGGUGGAGGUGGUACUUCUGGGGGUGCCCAAUUUCUUGGACGUUAUACGGUUUGGUUGCAUCACAGUUUGGAGAUAUAGAGGAUAAACUUGACACCGGUGAAACAGUGAAGCAAUUUUUGGAUGAUUAUUUUGGUUAUAAGCAUGAUUUUCUGGGAGUUGUUGUUGUUGGUGUUAUCGUCUUCACUGUGCUUUUUGCAUUUGCCUUUGCUCUAGGAAUUAAGAUGUUAAAUUUCCAGAAGAGAUAGAUAUUCUGCCUUAUUAUCCUCUUCAGUGUGCUCUAUGCAUUAAUCAUUGCUCAAGAGAUUAUGAUAUUAAAUUUCCAGAAGAGAUUAAAAAAUUUGUCCAGAAAGGUGAAUGCCUGCUCAUCAACGGUUGCUGCAGUGUAUCGAGCUGUCCAGCCUUUGGAAAAUCGACAUAAUGCUGCAUGGAUAAGCAACAAGACCUUUUCUGCUGAGGAACUUUGGAAGUGUUCCAGUGGACAAACUCUACAUGGUUGGUUGCCUUGGACUAGUUGAUGCAGAUGGGACUAGCUGUGAUACUUGAAUCUGUUUGUAUGUUCCUAUGUCGUUUUCCAUUAGGAGACAAAGCAUAAUCACUGGCAGUUUUUCUAGCAAUAAGAGCAGCGCAUUCUCUCUUCUCCAGAUUUUAACACUCUAAUCUCAAUCUCUUGUAUUUUUAGUCAGUUGUUUUACAUCAAGCAUAAUUUGGAUUCUGUUCCAUUCAUGUCCCCUUUCAUUCUAGGCCUCUUAAGCUCUCAGCUACAAACUUGCUCCUUGUAAUGGCAUCAUUUCCAUUAACUCUAAGACUCCUUCAAAAAGUGUUCAGAAAUUUUGAAGGACUUGGAUAGUAAAUUUGGCAAAGUGUUUGAUUAUUAGAUUCAUCAAAUUGAGAAUAUGUUUGUAUUUGUAUAAAUUUGGCUGUCUUUUCCA